CACAAGUCACAAUACGAUGGAAAUUCAGAAACAAUCUAAUAAAAUUUGUACCUUCUCGUUAAUUGAUUAAAUUUUGUAGAAAAAAGAAAUUUGACUUGUUUGAAACUUUUAUCUUAUCUUCUAUUAAUUUGCAUAUACUAAAAUUUUCAGUUUAUCGAUUAUAUGUAAACUAAUCGACACGAUAGAUUAACAAACUAUAGUUAAAAUUUGAUUUUUCAUACUCGAUGCACAAGCUGGUGGCUACCACUACUCCACGGAUUCCAUGAUUGUUGCUGCGCGGUGAGUUGUUCAAGUUAUGGUCACUUCAAACAUUUCGAUAACAUGGCAUCGUUAGACGACGAAUCAUUUCAUGAAGUUAAAUCACGUUUCGUGGAUACUAUGCAAAAAACAGAAUGGGUUCCUUUGUCUCUUACUUUAAUCGAAUAUCCCCAGGGUGAUCUUUUUGGGAAAUUCUUAGCUUUAAUAAGUUUAGUACCAUUUGCUAUUAUAGCUGGUUUUGUAACAUUGAUAUUAUUUAGAAGAGAUUUGCAAACGAUUACAUUUUUUAGUGGAAUUAUAAUAAAUGACUUCAUAAAUUUUGUAUUGAAACAUACAAUUUGUGAAGCAAGACCAAUGAGGCGUGAUGUUAUUUUUGUUGAAUAUGGUAUGCCAUCAGCGCACGCACAGUUUAUGUGGUUUUUUGCUGCAUAUGCCACACUUUUUAUAUGCAUUAGGUUACACCAUAACAAUAAUAACAGUGUGUCAGAAAGAUUCUGGAGAAUUAUUACUAUGACUGCUUGCAUAAUUGUUGCUCUUUUAGUGACCUAUAGUAGGGUCUAUUUAUUAUAUCAUACUAUUUCUCAAGUCCUAUGUGGUGCACUUGUAGGAAUUAUAUUGGGAGUAGUAUGGUUUAUAAUAAUGCAUGCAGUAUUUAUACCAGUUUUUCCUUAUAUCGUUUCAUGGCGGAUAUCAGAGUAUUUACUGUUACGAGAUACAACAUUAAUUCCCAAUAUUCUCUGGUUUGAAUAUACAAAUAUUCGCACAGAAGCACGAGCACGUGCACGAAAACUUGUAUCAAUGAAAUCACAAUGACGUCUAAUGUCUAGCCAUGGGCUGAAAACAAAUAGGAAAUAAAUGACUGAAUAGUAAAUGUUAAAAACAAGUGAUAUCAUUCCUUCAGUCUGGCGAAAUUGAAAAAAAUCCAAAAUUCGUUUGGCUCAAAGAAUUAUCUUGAAUAAUAAAUGGCAGGCUUUUGCCAUUAGUAAUAUUUAAAUGCAUAAGGUGUUAGUACAAAUUUUGCAUACAAAUUUUCACGUUUAUACGGUCGAAACCUGUAUGUUUGGAUAAUUUAGUUUUUAUAAUUUUGCGUAAGUUAUUUAUAAUCCACAAUUUGAUGAGUAAUAUUCGUACAAUUAUUAGCUUUUACAACAAAAAGAUGUAUAUACAUAAUACAAAUAAUAUAUGUAUAUCUUUGUGUUUCGUAAAGACAAAUAAUGUUUAUAAUAUAUUAUGAAUUGAAGAUUAACGAAUUUAAAAAAAGGAAAUAAACUUAGUGCAAUAAUGUAACGAAAUAUACAAUACACUUAAUAUUCAAUGAUAAUUUAUUCAAGAAAAAGCAGAGUUAAAUGAAUGUUAGUAGAAAAAAAAUGAGACCAUGGCUAUGACUAAAAAUUUAUUUUUUUUUACCUAUAAUUGUUACCGAAUUGUUAUCACUUCCGUUCUGCAAACUGCAGCAUUACUGUAUUGUUUUUAGGAUUUUAAACAUUGUAUAUAGUUCCUUCAUUUAUUACUAAUCGGUUAAGUGGUUAUUAUCAUUAAAACUCACCUAUGUACCUCGUAUUAAAGAAUUAGGGAAAACGCAAAUAAAAAUAAGUGAACAAUCGAAACAGAUUUUACAGGCUUAACAUCCAGAAAAGAAACAUUGAAUUAAAUUUUUUACUAAAACCUACUGUAGCGAGUGUUAAGUUCUUAACGAAAUAACGUUGUUUUAUUUGAAUAAUUUAUAUUUACCAUGUAGAUGUCUUAUAUUGAAUUACAUUUUUAAAUGAUACUUUUGUUUGAUAUAUAAUAUAAAAAUGAUGACGUUAUACUUAAAUCAUCAUUAUGUUGCUCAAUUAUUAUUAUAGCGAUUACAUAAAAUUUGUUAUGCAUUUGUGCGAAAGUACUACAAUGUAAAUACGCAAUAAAAUUUUAUAAAUGAACUUUAAAUAAAAUUAAUGCACCUA